AUGGCGACCUCAAACGGAUCUAGCCGAAGUUUGGGGACCCAAGAAUCGCGAUGGCGUCGCCAUGGCGAUUCCCAUGGCGAUUCGUCCUCACCCAUCCCCUAUCGUAAAGGACCACUGGAGUAUACCCCAGCAGUGCUAUGCAAAUGCGGUGCAAAAGCUGCUAGUUUCAUAUCUUGGAGUGAUUUGAACCCAGGAUUGCGGUAUCUGAAGUGUGCACGGGCUCGUGAUGGUGGUUGCGACUUUUAUAGAUGGGUGGAUCCGCCAAACAAUAGUUUCAUGAAGCAACUUCUGCUUGAUUUGCGAGAUGCAAUGAAGUACUGGAAGCGAGCAACUGGAGUAGCUGAACAGAGUUUGGAAGAUGCAAGAAUGGAGACUGCAAGACUCUUGGAAAGUGCAACAAGGGAGAAUCAAAGAGCUUCAGCUGGAAGGCGCAACAAGGGAGAAUCAAAGACUGCAGCUUGA